AUGUACCGCUCCACCAAGGGCGCCUCCAAGGCGCGCCGCGACCAGAUCAACGCGGAGAUCCGCAGCCUCAAGGAGCUGCUGCCGCUGGCCGAAGCGGACAAGGUCCGGCUGUCCUACCUGCACAUCAUGAGCCUCGCCUGCAUCUACACUCGCAAGGGCGUCUUCUUCGCUGGAGGCACUGCUCUGGAGGGUCCCACGGGGCUCCUCUCCGCUCAAGAGCUUGAAGACAUCGUGGCAGCACUACCUGGAUUCCUGCUUGCGUUCACAGCCGAGGGGAAGUUGCUGUACCUGUCUGAGAGCGUGAGCGAGCACCUGGGCCACUCCAUGGUGGACCUGGUUGCCCAAGGUGAUAGUAUCUACGACAUCAUUGACCCAGCUGACCACCUCACUGUGCGCCAGCAACUCACCCUGCCCUCUGCCCUGGACACUGAUCGUCUCUUCCGCUGUCGCUUCAACACCUCCAAGUCCCUCAGGCGCCAGAGCGCAGGCAAAAAACUGGUGCUCAUUCGAGGCCGAUUCCACGCUCACCCGCCUGGAGCCUACUGGGCCGGAAACCCCGUGUUCACAGCUUUCUGUGCCCCAUUGGAACCAAGACCUCGCCCUGGCCCUGGUCCUGGCCCUGGCCCUGCCUCGCUCUUCCUGGCCAUGUUCCAGAGCCGUCAUGCUAAAGACCUGGCCAUUUUGGACAUCUCUGAAAGUGUCAUAAUCUACCUGGGCUUUGAGCACAGUGAACUGCUCUGUAAAUCAUGGUAUGGACUGCUGCACCCCGAGGAUCUGGCCCACGCUUCUGCUCAACACUACCGCCUGUUGACUGAGAGUGGAGAUAUUCAGGCGGAGAUGGUGGUGAGACUGCAGGCCAAAUCUGGAGGCUGGGCGUGGAUCUACUGCCUGUUAUACUCAGAAGGUCCAGAGGGCCCCAUCACUGCCAAUAACUACCCGAUCAGUGACUCGGAAGCCUGGAGCCUCCGCCAGCAGCUGAACUCUGAAGACACCCUAGCGUCCUACAUCCUGGGCGCCCCGGCCAUGCCGCCCUCAUUCCCUGAGAACAUCCACUCCCAGGAGCAGUGCUCCAGCCCUAACCCGCUCUUCACCCCAGCCUUGGGGGCUCCCAGAAGCACCAACUUCCCCGGUGCUCCUCAACUUGGCGUUGUCUCCACAUCAGAAGAGCUUCCUCAAGCCCCCAAAGAGGUGGACUUUAGAUACCUGACGUUCCCUUCCGGGCCUGCGCCUUCUCUCCAGGCAGACCUGAGCAAGGACCUCGUGUGCACUCCGCCCUACACGCCCCACCAGCCCGGAGGCUGUGCCUUCCUCUUCAGCCUCCAUGAGCCCUUCCAGACCCACUUGCCCACCCCGUCCAGCUCUCUCCAAGAACAGCUGACUCCAAGCACCGUGACCUUUUCGGACCAGUUGACGCCCAGCAGUGCAACCUUCCCGGACCCACUCACCAGCCCACUCCAAGGCCAGUUGACCGAAACCCCAGCCAGAAGCUAUGAGGAGCAGCUGACUCCCUGCACCUCCACCUUCCCUGACCCGCUGCUUCCGGGCACUGCCACCUUCCCGGAGCCCCUGGGCAGCCCUGCCCGCGAGCAGCUGACUCCUCCCAGCACAGCGUUCCAAGCGCAGCUGAACAGCCCCAGCCAGACUUUCCCGGAGCAACUGAGCCCCAACCCCACCAAGACUUACUUCGCCCAGGAGGGAUGCAGCUUUCUCUAUGAGAAAUUGCCCCCGAGUCCUAGCAGCCCUGGUAAUGGGGACUGCACACUCCUGGCCCUAGCCCAGCUCCGGGGUCCCCUCUCCGUGGAUGUCCCCCUGGUGCCCGAAGGCCUGCUCACACCCGAGGCCUCUCCAGUCAAGCAGAGCUUCUUCCACUACUCUGAGAAAGAGCAGCAUGAGAUCGACCGCCUCAUCCAGCAGAUUAGCCAGCUGGCCCAGGGCAUGGACAGGCCUUUCUCGGCUGAGGCUGGCGCCGGCGGGCUGGAGCCACUGGGAGGGCUGGAGCCUCUGGACUCCAAUCUGUCUCUGUCGGGGGCUGGCCCCCCGGUGCUUAGCCUGGACCUGAAGCCCUGGAAGUGCCAGGAGCUGGAUUUCCUGGCUGACCCUGACAGCAUAUUCCUGGAAGAGAUGCCCGUGGAAGACAUCUUCAUGGAUCUCUCCACCCCAGACCCCAAUGGGGAAUGGGGCUCGGGGGACCCUGAGGCUGAGGGCCCGGGAGGGGCCCCAUCGCCUUGCAACAACCUGUCCCCAGAAGACCACAGCUUCCUGGAGGACCUGGCCACAUACGAAACCGCCUUUGAGACAGGUGUCUCAGCAUUCCCCUACGACGGGUUUACUGAUGAGUUGCAUCAACUCCAGAGCCGAGUUCAAGACAGCUUCCACGAAGAUGGAAGUGGAGGGGAACCAACGUUUUGA